AUGAGAUUUGAGAUAAUUAGGGCAAGCUUGGCAAGAGAGUUGGAGGAGGUUAUGGAGGAUUUUGAGUUAUUGCGAAGGGAAAAAAGAAGGCGGAAGGCUAAGCUUAAGUUCUUCUGUUUGGAUGUUCCAAACGUUCCCGAUUUCAAUAAAGAAGGGUUGGCCGAUGGUUUUGAUGUGAAUAACUCUUGUUAUCCGUCUAGACUAGUUAAGUCUACUUGGGGCGAUGACUAUGACAUCGCCCUUUAUGGUAAACUUGGACUCCACUGCCACAAUUUUCAGAAGGGAACAAACUUCAAGUUUGUGCGCUGGGAAAAGUUUAGUGUUAUCUCCACUGCAUACGACUACGUCUAUGUAACUUUGGACGCCAAGGAUCCUGUCUCUGAUUCGGUCUUCUCUUUUCAAACCUUGUUAAACGAAGAUUCUUCUUCAGACUGUCCCGUUAUGUGGAGUACCUUAGCUUGCAGAAUCAAAUGUGACGAUCGUGUGGAUGAUCAUUGGGACGAUACGGCAGUAGAUGAUUUCUACAAAGGUGCAAUGCCCAAAUGGUUGUCUGAUGAAGAAUUGGCACGUGACAAUAAAAAGUAUUAUGUGGUAAGAAUAAGAUCAUGUCCACUGUUUGAGUUAGCUUGAGGAAGGCAACUUGUCUGACAUGUUAACUAAGCAGGUAAUGACUGGCUACAUCUAUUCACCGAAAUUGCGUUCUUCUCAAAAACAAAUAACGUGUUGACUGCUCCCCCGCCCUUGGAGAUCGAGAAUGUGGUUGUAGUAACUAAAGAAGACACAGAUGAAGGCCAUGAGAAGCUGAAAGCCCAAAAUUCAAUCUACUACGUAAUUUACAAGUAUAAUGGUGAAUCUUCAGAGUGGGCACGUGAUCACAAAGCGAUAAUAAGGAAAACCAUGGAUGGGAAGCCAGGACACAUGUAUCUUGAAGUUGUAGCAGAAGAUUGAACUGAAAGAGAAAAGACAGAUAGGGAUCUGCUCUUUUAUAAUACCUAUCAUUAACGCUAUUACUAACUUUAUCAUGUUACAUAUAUGCAUUGUGUUGUGUUUGGCUUGUGUUUGACUAAAACUAUUUGAACUAGAACGAGCAGGAUCUAUCAUUAUUAUCGUCAAGAAGAGAUUUAUGUUUUCAAUGCAUAGUUAGUAUGAGAACGAAUUGCAUUGGUUGUCAAUACAUUGUAGUAUCCAUGUCAUCUUGGUCUAAGAAUUUAAGUUCUACUAUGUCAACAAGCUGCGGUGGGCUAGUCGAUCACGCAAAGUGGUCGGAUACUGGACUAUCAAAAAAAUGUCAACAAGCUGGAAUCAAGGUCAGUCAAUAUCUCAUUUGCUUCUAUCCCUUAGAGUUUCUCUUCAUAUAUUGUUUAGUUUCUAGUCUUCUUUGUUUUGAAGAUGCCUAAAUUACUUAUCAUCAGAUUGCCACCAGUUGUGUAUUACUAAACUACCUUCUUAUCAUUGUUCAGAAAGUAUUGUGAACCACGUGA